CUUUUUUAUUCUCAACUGGUGUAAGCCUAAAUAUAACCAUAGGACAUUGUGACUAUUUCACUUUGAGUUUUUCUUUUGUUUGUUUGUUUUUUUGUCCUUCAUCCUCGUCUAUUUUUCUCCCUAAUUAACUUUUAAAUUAUCUUAAAAAGACAACCAAAUCUUAGUUUUUACAGUUCCGCUUAAAAAACUGUUGUAUUGGAAAAUUUUAUUUUGAAAGUUCAGUAUUACGUAAUGUAUUGCGUAAGGCUUUUUUCUUCCGCGCGCAGGAACGCCUGAGUCACGUGACAUCGGGAGACCCUUUUUUUUGUUCUCUCGUGGCUGAAAGUGGGGCAGCAGGAAGGACCAUGUCUGCGGUUCUGGUGGUACACGGUGGGGCAUGGGCCAUACCAGAUGAGCUCGCCGAAGCUUCUGUUGAUGGAGUGAAAACUGCAGCACGCAAGGGAUUUGUAGUGCUGAGAAAUGGUGGAAGCGCUUUAGAUGCUGUGGAAGCAGCUGUGAAAUCUUUGGAGGAUAACACAGUGUUCAAUGCAGGACAUGGUGCCACAUUAAACAUUGAUGGAGAAGUGGAGCUGGAUGCCAUCAUCAUGGAUGGAAGAACCCUUAACUGUGGUGCUGUGUCCUCAGUGAAGAAUAUUGCUAAUCCUGUAUCACUGGCACGGGCAGUAAUGGAGAAGACUUCUCACAUCAUGCUGACAGGAAAAGGUGCAAACCUGUUUGCAGAGAGCGUUGGCUUCAGCACAGUUCCUACUGAUACACUGGUGUCUGAAUUUGAGAGGAAAGAAUGGGAGAGACACAAAACUUAUGUUACUGGAGUAUUGGAGGAUUUUAACACUCAGUGGGCUCAUGAUACAGUUGGAGCGGUUGCUGUUGACAGUUCCGGCAAUGUUGCAUGUGCAACAUCUACUGGAGGGAUUAGGAAUAAGAUGGUUGGGCGAGUAGGAGAUUCGCCUGUCAUUGGAUGUGGAGCAUAUGCAGACAACUUCAGCGGUGCAGUGUCUUGUACCGGUCAUGGAGAAUCCAUUCUCAAAGUCACGCUGGCCAAACUCAUCCUCUCACAUGUUGAACAAGGUGAGUCAGUCGCAGAUGCCUCACAGCUGGCCCUGCAGUACAUGGGUGAGCGUGUCCAGGGAGCAGGAGGUGCUAUCACAGUUUCUCCGUCAGGAAAGUGGGCUGCCACUUUCACCACACAGCGAAUGGCUUGGGCUGCUGCAGAAAACGAUGUGCUGUGGAGUGGAUUGGACCCAAAUGAAAGAAAGAAAGAGAAUCUGAACUAGCAGCAGCAUUAGUCAUUGUCUCUGACAGUAAAUGUUAAAUUCACAAUGUUUAGGUCAGUGAGCAAUUUUUAGUUUAUCAUUUUAAUCAGAAUUUAUGUGUAACUGAAAUAAUAUCCAGAAAAAAUACUUUACACUUGGAACAUUUUCACUUUAGCCUAUAAGUUGUGAAAAUAUUGUGUUAAUAGAUACAACUAUUUUUACUAACUGUGAAUUUUAAAUAAAUGUUUUAAGUGUGCAUUUUUAAAA